GCUACACUGCCGUCAAGUGCUAUGCCGUAGUCCAGUUUCUAGUGUAAGCAGCAACAAUGAUGUGGUUGAAGUGUAUUUUCGCAUUUUCAUGUGUAAUAUUUUUCUUCGGACGACGAGCUGUCGCCGCUCUUCAGGACGUGACAUCGGAUUUAUUCGGAUCUGAAUUUCAUGGCACUGUCGCUGCCUUCGGGGAUUUUAAUUCGGAUAAACAAACAGACAUCUUCAUCAUCCGAGAACAUUCUGAAGUGAUAAUCUUCCUGGCUGAUCUGAAGAUCCCAUACUUCAAACCAAAAGUAAAUCUGUCCAGAGAGCUCUUCCCGGACGUUAUCAUUAGCAGUGUGGUUCCUGCUGACUAUGAUGGCGAUUCCCAGAUGGACGUCUUGCUCACAACCUACCCGAAGGGAAAAAAUGCAGAGGAGACCAAAGUUACCAUUUACUGGGGAAAUAAUCAAACUUUAGAUAAAAAUCGAAAAAUUGAUCUGAACAUAACGUUUUUGGAUGAGCCACUGGUCAUGGAUUUUGAUGGUGAUAUGAUUCCAGACAUAUUUGGCACCACUACGAACCAUUCGACACAGGCGUGCUACCUCAAACAAAAGAAAGUAGUAUGUGAGGCAGCCCUCAAAUCAACUAUCAAAAUGUUCAUCCCACAUUCCAAUGCAUUCAUUGACCUCAACAAAGACUUCACAGCGGAUCUGUUCCUCACGGUGGAGGAUGGGUUCGAGACAUGGAUCAAUGAGGACGGAAACUUCACCAGAAGCUGGAAGACCAGCCUCCCAGAUGGCGUGAAGGUCGUCGGCCAGUCUGCUUUCGUGGACUUUGAUGGGGACGGCUCGCAGGACCACCUGCUGCCAGUGUGUCACGACUCAGCGUGUAAGAAAAGCGUCAUCUACCUCUCCAAGCCCGGGGACAAUCAGUGGCUGCCCAUCCUGACGGAUUUCCAGCGGAGGGAUACGCUGUGGGGCUUCGUCCCUCUCCCGUCCGAGUUGCGGCUCCCCAUCACCCUCCACCUUGGGGACUAUAACCUGGACGGCUUCCCGGAUGCACUGGCUGUCCUGAAGAACACCAGCGGGAAGACCCAGCAGGCCUUCCUCCUGGAGAACGUGCCAUGUGAUAAUGCCAGCUGCCGGGCCGCAGGUCGGGCCUUCCGGAUCCACUCGGACCUUGGCGCUGUGGGCGGGGCCGCCGCCGUGGCAACCUUCUUCGACAUCUACGAGGAUGGAAUAUUAGACAUGAUUGUGCUCAGCCAAGAGGAAGGCAGAAACGACCUCACCAUCCAUGCUCUCAAGAACAACUUUGAGGCCGACGCCUAUUUUGUUAAAGUCAUCGUGCUCAGUGGCCUGUGCUCCAACAACUGUCCCGACAAUGUUAAGCCGUUCGGUGUGAACCAGCCCGGCCCCUAUGUGAUGUACACCUCCGUGGACUCCAAUGGCCGCCCGAAGAAUGCCUCAGCCGGCCAGCUCAGCCAAUCAGCUCACCUGUCCCUGCAGCUGCCGUACACUGUGCUCGGCCUGGGUCGCAGCGCCAACUUCCUGGACCACCUCUACGUGGGCAUUCCCCGUCCCCCUGGAACCAAGGAGAUACACCGGCAGGAGUGGACCGCCAUCAUCCCCAACUCGCAGCUCAUCGUCAUCCCAUACCCACACAACGUCCCCCGCAGCUGGAGUGCCAAACUGUACCUGACCCCCAGUAACAUCGUGCUGCUCACUGCCAUUGCCCUCAUCGGGGUCUGCGUCUUCAUCCUUGUCAUCAUUGGUAUCCUGCACUGGCAGGAGAAGAAAGCAGAUGAUCGGGAAAAGAGGCAGGAAGCCCAUCGUUUUCAUUUUGACGCCAUGUGAAUGGAAGGCAGAACGACAAACCAGAGCACAGGGGGGCCGACCACGAAGACACCCCCGUGCGAUUAUGGAAAAGGGUUUAUCUGUCUCAUGUAGUCUGUUCAACUGGAAUGUUUUUUUUUCUAAUUUAUUUUUUUUUUCAACAAAGAUACCAGGAUGAAUUUGCAUGUCCACAGUUCAUGCCCCCACCAGGAAGAGGCCUCAGAUUAUCCGGUUCCUUAUUUGUUUUCCCUGCUUUGGUCCUGCUGCUGGGAAUCGAAUGCCGGCAUCGUAAAUGCUGCCCCCUAACUCCAGGCUUCCUCUCUCGCUAUCUGCUGGAUAUCCCAUGUCUAUGUUUUUGUAAUAUUAUGGUAUCAGUGUACAUGCAUAAACGCCGAGAAGUUUACAUUGUUCUGAGCUGGCAGUGCCAGUGAAUGCGUACUGUCGGUACUGUUAUUUAUGUCUGUAUUUAUGUUUCCAUGUUUUGCACUUUUCCCUAAGUGGUGUAUUUCUGCAGUGCCCCCCUUGUCUGUCUUUCAUCCUGGCGCCGGCUCCUCUUAGCAGCCCCCCCAACCCCGACCGCCAUUAUGAAUCCUUCUACUCUGCUCCCUCCCCACACCGGCGUAUUGCCAAGUGAUUGUGUUCCAUCUCCUUAUACUUUUUUGGAACCGCUAGUAAGGUGUCAUGGUGUGUGUGUAUGUGUGUGUGUGUGUGUGUGGGGGGGGGGGUCCUCUCACUGAUGACGUUUUAUGAUGAAAGGGUCAUCAAUAAGACACAUCGACAAAAUUAACACUUUAAUAAAGUAAACCUUGAGUUUUCACUGUGCUCUGUCAGGAAAAAAAAAUAAGAGUACCGAUUUGUACCUUUGAUGGGGCUGUACCCUCAAGGAUCUGCCAACUGUACCAGUUAUAACUCUAGGUAAAUGUACCUUUUAGUCUAAAUUAAGGUACAUAAAUGGACUCUGGGGAACAUCCCCAAGAUACAAACAACAUUAAUGUACCCCCAAUGGUACCCCCAUUUCUAUAUCUUAAAAGGUACAAGUGCCUACAGCUAGGGUACAGUUGACAGACUCUUGAGAUAACCCCAAUGACAAGCAAAGGUACAAACUGGUACUUUUUCUGACAUUUUAAGAAUGUAAGAAACUUCCGUCAUACACUAAGUAUUUCACAUCUACGUUUGGCAAUGAAUAGUAUUGGGACCAUUUUCGAAAUUGAAAAUUUUCUGAAAAACUGUCUUUUUUCCGACGUUUAACUUUUAAAAUAAACUUUCCCCGAUAAAUCGAACUGUGCAAUAAAAUGUGCUUGACCUACUGUAACUGGCUUUAAAAGCCGUGCCCUUUGUAAAAUUCAGCCGCUUCGUCUCCCACAAAGGCUGUUUGUCAUGUCCUCUCACUAUGUAAGGUGUUACUGGGUAGACGAACUACUGCAUGUCGCAAAACUGUAACAUUAACGUUACUUUUUGUGUUUUGACCUUAAAUUGGUGUGCACAUCAUUUAUCGUGUAUAUUUUUACUUGUAAGUGCUGGAAGGAAAUGUAAAUUGAAGCUGUUGAUGGAAUGGGUGAUUUGAGAAUUAAAUCAAAUUACAAACCA